AUGGCCGAUGUAGAGUUGGAACCAGCAACGGUGUUGUUUGAUACGGAAGUAGUCGCGAGCUUGGUAGUCCCCGAGACCAAGCAACGCACACUCGAGGAGCUGGACUACAUCUUCGCCGUGCCAACACGCACACACAUGCACUACCAGGUCACCAAGGCGCUCCCCUGGUUCUUCAACAAGUACAUCAUGCGCCGCGAUGUGUCGACGGAUAAGAUGGUUGUGGAGACUGAGGAGUAG